CAUGACCCCGAGGGGCCGGGCUCGCGUCACGUGACCGGUACCGGGCUGCUCUUCCUCUACCUCUCUCGCCCCCCCAUCUCGCGGUUUUCUCCUCGUUCCGCCUUGUGUGGGGGGGGGGUCCCCUCUCCCAAACACUUUUCGUCGUCGUUGCUGCAUCGUCGCACUGUCAACUCGCCGCCAAGCGCGCCAUGGCGCCCGUCUUCCCGUGCCGGGCCGCGCUGAGCGCGCGCCGCGCCAACGAUGCAGUGCGGAAUCUGAGGGCCUGGCUUCCGCAGACGCGGUGGUUCUGUCGGAGCGUGACGAGCGGACAGCCUGAGGGAGCCUCCAGCCCACAGCUGAGGGGACGGUACCUGGGUCAGCCGGCACCUCACACGCACCCUCAUCUACUGCAGCCGGGGGAGGUGAUGCCAGGGUUCACGCGCGAGGAGUUUGCUCUGCGGCGGCACCGGCUGAUGGCAGCAGUGCAGGCGGAGUCGCCAGGCAGCGUCGUCCUGGUGCCUUCCAACCCGACGUGCAUCAUGACCAACGACAUCCCCUACCCCUUCCACCAGCACAGCGACCUGCUGUACCUUACCGGCUUCCAGGAACCCGACAGCUUGCUGCUGCUGCUGCCCAGACGAGGUGGGGCGACUGCGGCUACCCACAAGGCCGUGCUGCUGGUGCCUCCGCGCGACGCGACGCGGGAGCUUUGGGACGGGCCGCGCUCAGGCCCGGACGGUGCGGUGGCCCUCACGGGCGUGGACGAGGCCUUCCCGUUGCAGGAGUUGUCACGCGUGUUGGCGCAUGCCGGCGAACCCCCCACGUGGUGGUACUACCCGCACGGGGACCCCCCGCACCCGGAGAUGCACGAGCGGCACGUGGGGCCAAUGCUGGCGACAGCGGCGGCGCAGGGCCGCGUUCGCUCGCUGCGUAAACACGUGGCCGCGCUGCGCCUCGUCAAGUCGCAGGCGGAGGUGCGCGUCAUGAAGGCUGCUGCGGAGAUCACGGCGCAGGCGAUGGUGGAGACGAUGCGAGCGAGCUCCCCGCCUGUGGACGAGGCAUUCCUCUACGCCAAGUUUGAGUUUGAGUGCCGAGCCCUUGGAGCUGAGAUCCUCGCGUACCCCCCCGUGGUGGCUGGAGGGAACCGCGCCAACAUCCUGCACUACGUGAAGAACAACCAGAUCAUACAGGAUGGAGAGAUGGUGCUGCUGGAUGGAGGCUGUGAGCUUCACGGCUACGCGAGUGACGUCACCCGCACCUGGCCCGUGUCGGGCUGCUUCUCGGGACCCCAAGCGGAGUUGUACGAGGCCGUCCUGGACGUGCAGAAGCUGUGCCUGCGUGGGUGCCGUGCGGGCUCCACCAUGGAGGGCCUCUACUCCCUCAUGCUGCUCCAGCUCGGCCAACGGCUCCAGGGACUCGGCAUCCUCGACGGCGGCCUCGCCCCCGGCGCCGCCGCCAAGGCGGCACGGCAGUACUGCCCGCACCACGUAGGCCACUACCUGGGCAUGGACGUGCACGAUACUCCGGACGUGUCGCGCAGCAUCGCCCUGCAGCCUGGCAUGGCCAUCACCAUCGAACCUGGCCUGUACAUUCCCCGCGCGGACGAGUCUGUGCCCGCACGCUUUCGGGGCCUGGGCGUGCGCGUGGAAGACGACGUCGUGAUCACGGAGGCCGAGCCGCUCGUGCUCUCCUCCUCCUGCCCCAAGGAGCGGCGCCACAUCGAGGACAUCGUCGCCAAGUGACCGGGCCAGAGAAGCGGCGCGGCAUCUUUGCCUGCUGUUGUUGUUUUGCUUAGAGAGGCGCACGGUCCGGGCCCUGCAGCCGCCCGCCCCCGUUAACACCGCGCCGGGCGCGUUGACGACGAAACGCGGCCACCAUCUGCUUCACAGCGGACGGUUAAAGUAGCGGCGGCGUCGUUCGAAAACAGUGUUAGGCCGCUUGUGCCGGCUUCGCACCUCGGUGGAUGACGUCGGUGGAGGCUUUGGUUGAAAGGCAGGCGGCAGCGAGGUGAGAUUCAAAGUCUCGGCUUGAAGAUAAGCCGGGGAAGUUGCGCCGUGUGAAAUGGAGGUCAACGGCUUUUAAGAUAGGUUUGUCACUUGAUUAGGGUGGUGAAGUUUGGCCAAAUAAGCACCACGACCCACGCGGCGUGGGGAGGCUUUCAUCAAGCAGUGGUUUUUGACAAAAGUGUUGCGCUCGUUCCUUGUUUUGGAUUGAACGAUUGACAUCCCUCUGCCUCGUUUCAAGAAUUAUUUUAACUUUGCGGUAAAUGGGUGCUCCCCUCGUGGCUACAGGGGUGACGUGAACUCAUCGCGUGCAACACAUACGAGCCGAAAUAUAUUUAUUCCUACACGGUUUGAUGCCUGUAUAUUGGGAGCUUAAGAAACGAUAUAAACCGAUGAAUUUAUGCAUUGUUCCACCCCGAGUGCCAUAUCUGAAAUCGCUAAACUUUAAAUUUGCCCAGGUUUAGCAAACAGUAUCGGGCCGGUAAUCUCUUGUGCCCAUUUUAGGUCACCGAUCUCCUGCACUGAAUUAUGGUCCCCCUCUUUGCGAAAGCUGCAAAAUUAUUUUGCGAGUUCACUGCCGUGGAAGAAACACAGCAUUCUGCUUACACCACAGUUGAUGUUGACGAAGGUGGGCGGAGGCAGCAAAGCAAACCUCGUUAAAGAGGAGAGGGACAUUUGAGACACGGCGCGGAGAGAAAUACUCGACAGGCGAAGUCACCUCUCCUCUUAGGGAUCGGCGAUCCAGACAGCCUCAUUGUUGCGUAGGAUAAUACUGGUAGGAACCUCCUGGUUACACCAGCCCACAGGGGAUUAUUGUGUCCGUCCGUCAGUCGUGCAUCUAAAAAUGG